AUGAAAAAUCAAAGCUGUGUGACAGAGUUUGUUCUAUUGGGGCUUUCACAAAACCCAAAUAGUCAAACAAUAAUAUUUGUUGUAUUUUUGCUUACCUACAUUGCAACUGUUGGGGGCAAUUUGCUAAUUGUAGUGACCAUCAUCAGCAGCUUGGCACUCCUGGGCUCCCCCAUGUACUUCUUUCUGGCUUUCCUGUCCUUCCUGGAUGCGUGCUUUUCCUCUGUCAUUGCUCCAAAGAUGAUCGUGGACUCCCUCUAUGAGAGGAAAACCAUCUCCUUCGGGGGCUGCAUGACACAGCUCUUUGCUGAGCACUUCUUUCCUGGAGUAGAGGUGAUUGUCCUCACCGCCAUGGCCUAUGAUCGUUAUGUGGCUAUUUGCAAGCCAUUGCACUACCCCUUUAUCAUGAACUGGAGGUUCUGUGGCAUUCUGAUGGGGGUAGCCUGGGCAGGGGGCUUCUUGCAUUCUGUAAUACAAAUUCUCUUUAUAUUUCAGCUGCCCUUUUGUGGCCCCAAUGUCAUUGAUCACUUCAUGUGUGAUUUAUACCCAUUAUUGGCUCUUGCCUGCACUGACACUCAUAUCCUUGGCUUUUUUGUUGUUGCAAAUAGUGGGUUAAUCUGCAUUAUAAACUUCUUAUUGUUGCUUAUCUCCUAUUGUGUCAUCUUGGUCUCGCUGACAACUCAUAGCUCUGAAGGUCGAAGGAAAGCUCUCUCAACCUGUGGAUCUCACAUUGCUGUUGUGGUUUUGUUCUUUGUCCCGUGCAUAUUUGCGUAUGCACGACCUCCAUCUACUUUCUCCUUUGAAAAAAUUGUGGCCAUAUUUCCUACCCUCCUAACUCCCUUGUUCAAUCCUGUGAUUUACACAUUCAGGAAUAAGGAAGUAAAAAAUGCCAUGAGGAAGUUGUGGACCAGACUUGUGGUGGUUUCUGAUAAAAAUAAAACAUGAAACUUAUAAAAAAGCAAACUUCCAGAAGAUGGAAAUCGAAAUGGGCUUAGAGAAAAACUCUCUAGGGGAUGCACCUUGUAAGACAGAAGGUAAUAUAAUGCAAUAGAAAAACACUAACACGGAGGUCAGGAAAUGUUUUUUCUACCUUCAGAUCACUCAUCAUUUCGGAGUUGGCAGCUCAAUGUCCUCAUAUGUAAAAAGACUUGAAUUUUAUGCUUAUUUAAAAUAUAAUAACAAAAAGAAAUCAGGAAAAGAGAGGAAUCAGAUUAUCUAUUAAUCUGCUCGCCAUUCACACCAUGCUCCAAAAAACAUUCAGGGAAGGAGGACAAUAAUAUCUUAGAGAUUAGAACAGGAACUUCCUGAAACUCCUUCAAUUGAAAAAAAGUUUUAUUUUUAGGGUACUGAUCAGAGUUAAGGAUCCCUGGUGACCAAGUGGUUAAGUGUUCGGCUAUUAACCAAAAGUGGGUUGGUUUGAACCUACCAGCUGCUCCAGGGGAGUAAGAUGCAGGAGUCUGUUUCCAUGAAGAUCACAACCCUGGAAACCCUAUGAGGAAGUUCUGCUCUGUCAUAUAGGUUUGUGAUGAGUUGAAAUGGAUUAGAUGGCAAUGGGAGGUGAUCCCAGUCAAUCUGAUGGAAAAGCAUUCAGGACUCAGGAAGGAAAGAGACAAGGGCAUUCUCAGAAACUCAACUGUAGAUGUUCCUGGAACAAAUGACUUCAUCAUUUAACAUGGGUCCAUUAACAUCUGCAACAGGAUUGAUGGAAGACUCAUUAACAACCUACAGUAUGCAGAUGACACAACCUUGCUUGGUCAAAGUGAGGAGGUCUGGAAGCACUUACUGAUGAAGAUCAAAGACCACAGUCUUCAGUAUGGAUUACACUUCAACAUAAAGAAAACAAAAAUCUUCAUAGUUGGACCAAUAAGCAACAUAAUGAUAAAUGGAG